UAAAAAUAAACAUAUCUGUUGAUAUUUUUGCGAAUUAUGAGUGCUCCAGCAGCCCCGAUGGGCAUACAGUGCACCGCGGGUGCGGUGCCUAUUCGAAAUGAAAAAGGGGAGAUUUCUAUGCAAAAGGUUAAGGUACAGCGUUAUAUAUCUGGUAAGCGACCCGAUUAUGCACGCGCUGACUCCAGCUCGGAUGAGAGUGAUGAUGAUGACUUCGUGGAUACUCGAAAGCGCUUGGAGCGACAUAAAGCGGAGCGCCACAAACUCGAGCUGUCGCGUCGAGAAAGUGGAGACGAGAAGACAGAAGAGCAAGAGGAUGAGGCAGAGAUAGAUGAUCCACGGCUUCGGCGUCUGCGUGCACGACCAGUGGAUACUGAAGAUUUGGAGCGCGAACGCCGCGAGCGUCACAGACACAUUCAUGAGCCGGAAUUAAUGGAAAGCGCUAGCGAAGAUGAAGAACCUGCUGCAGACGAAAACGGCGAGCAGCAGCGACGAUUAGAGCGCACUACCAAUAAGAUCACCCUGGCAUCAGAGUCCGACACGGACUCAGAGCUAAGUGACACUGAAUUGGAGAAGCGUCGCUUAAGGUUGCGAUCACGUAUGUUGCAGCAGCAGCGAGAGGAAGAAGUGCUCCAAAAAGAAGACGAGAAACAAUCGGAAUCAUCGGAAUCGGAGAGCUCCGAAUACGAAGAAGAAACAGAGAGCGAAGAAGAAAACGAACCGCGUCUGAAGCCGCUCUUUGUGCGCAAACGAGAUCGAGCGACCAUACAAGAGAAGGAACGUGAAGCUCAGAAACAAAAGCAAUUGGAAGCCGAGGCCAAACGAGCUGCAAAAGAGAGAAGACGCGCCACAUUGCGAAUGGUGGAGGAGAGUGUAAAGAAGGACUUGGAGAAGAUCAAGCCAGAGACCAACGAAGCAUGCAUAGACGAUGUGUGCACAGCCGAUGAGAACGAUGAGGUGGAGUACGAGGCAUGGAAAUUGCGCGAAUUGAAACGUAUGAAACGAGACCGAGAAGAGCGCGAAAACGCUGAACACGAAAAACUGGAAAUCGAGCGUAUGCGCAAUCUCACCGAAGAGGAGAGACGCCAGGAGCUCCGGUCGAAUCCCAAACUCGUUACCAACAAAGCAACCAAAGGCAAAUAUAAAUUCCUGCAAAAAUACUAUCAUCGUGGCGCGUUCUAUCUGGACGAGGAGAAUGAAGUGCUGAAGCGAGACUUUGCCCAGGCUACGCUAGAAGAUCACUUUGAUAAAACCAUUCUGCCCAAGGUGAUGCAAGUGAAGAACUUUGGACGCUGUGGUCGUACCAAGUACACGCAUUUAGUUGAUCAGGAUACCACAAAAUUCGAUUCACCAUGGUAUGCUGAGACGUCCAAUAACAUGAAAUUUCAUAACGAGCGCGCCGGCGGCAUGAGGCAGCAAUUCGAGAAGCCAACGGGCUCCAAACGGAAGAAGUUGGAAUAAUAAAAAUAAAAGUGUAAAGUGGAAAAAUAAAUACAAAUUAGA